AUGAAGUGGCCAAUUGAAAUGAUAUUCUUACUAAUGAUCUAUUCAAUAAUGCUACACUAUUUACCAUAUAGUCAUGGUACCUCUAUAAACCGGUUUGACGCUGCAAAUGAAGCUCUUAUCAAUGAGUACUUUUCAUCUGAAAAAAUGGAUGAAGCAGCUGAGAAUUGUGUACGCCUUGUCAAUAGUAGAAGUUAUAUUAGCAACAAUAAUAAUAAUUAUUAUAAAAAAAAGAAAAAUGGCAUUAAAGUUGAACAAGAUUAUGAUACCAAUGUUAUAGAUCCAGCCUUACUUUCAUAUGAAGUACGUAAGCUAAAAUGGCGAAAUUGUAUCAUCAAAGAAUUGGAUCGUAUUAACCGUGGUCUAUUCCAAUGGAAUCCAGCUUCACUAUUAAAAUUUAAUGAAGAAUAA